AUGGCACAAUUGAUUACCCGGUCAAAUGAGACCAUGGAGAACGCCGGAGUAGGCAGCCCAUCAAUUCGAUUUCGAAAGCAGGAGUGCCUCAGCCCACGCGCUUCAGAAGUUCAAGUUCGAUUCCUGAUGGCGCCGAUUCAUCCUUUGGACAAGCUCGUCAUCGGCGGCCGUUAUCCCGUCAAGCCAGUCUACAAGCAUAUGGGCGAAGACAUCCUUGGCUAUGAUGGUGUAGCUGAAGUUCUGGCUGUCGGACCUCAAGUCGACGACCUGUACACCGGCGACUUGGUAAUACCAUCUAAAUUUGGGUUAGGCACGUGGCGCAAUGUUGCCAGCUUACAGCGUUCUGAUCUCGAAAAGAUCCCUCGCGUCAAAGAUCUCAGGUUCGCAGCCAUACUACGUGUGUCGGUCAUGCCCGCCUACUUUCUCGUUGAAGAUAUGGCAACGCUGCGACCUGGGGAGUACAUCAUUCAAAAUGCCGGGACGUCUGUCAUGGCUCAAAUGGUGAUACAAUUCGCCCGCAGGCACGGUAUCAAGACAAUAAAUGUCAUUCGAGAUCGUGAUCAGGCAAGUGCGAUCAUGAUUCAGACGGCCCUGCAUCAGCUUGGUGCAGACACUGUGGUUACAGAAAGCGAACUGCUCCACAAUGCUGCUUCGAUCCUGGAGAACAAGAAAGUCACUCUGGCGGUUGACUCAGUCUUCGGUCAUUCCGGACGUGCCCUGAUGAAGGCCCUGAGUGCUGGUGGAACGUACGUGCAGCUUGGCUUUCUAGGUGGUAACCAAGAGACGCUCGAUCUGGAGCCCAAUGACAUAUUUGGGAAACAAAUCGUAUUGCGGGCUUUCCGAGGGUCUGCGCAGCUAGCAUCGCGAUCCUUGGUUCAGCAGCAAGCUCUGUGCGACUGGCUCGUGCAUUUAUUCAAUGAGGGCCAGAUCCUUCUGCCGCCACUUGGUUUCACAGACGUUCCCUGGAGCGGUGAAAACGGAGCCAAUGAGGUUCUGGAGGCCAUCAGAGAUGCACAAGUCGGCGAACUUGGUCGGAGUAAGCCAAUGAUUCUGUUUGAGAUGCAGGAAGACUCGGUAGAUAAUGUGUAG